GCAGUUGGUCAAGGCUAGGUUGACAUUGUCCUCAAUAAGAGUCAUUGUUACUAUGGUCCAAAGUCUUGCAGGAAUUUUUAAAAUAUGUUUGCUUUUUUUUUUUUUUUUAACCAGGUACCUGGAACAUCAGGUGUAAUUCUGUGCCAAGCCACAAAAAGAAUGAAAGCCCAGGACUUCCCCCUGGGCACCAGCUUCCACGUGUAUUUGGGACAAAAGUAAAAUCUUCCCAAGGCUUGUUGAGAACUUCCUGCUGGUUCACAUUUCAAAGAGAGCCUGUACUUAAUCCCCACACUCACACCAGAGCUCAGAGUACACGGAGGAGUUCCAGAGCCGAGUUACUGCCGUCCGGAGACCUGGUGAGAAGAGCCAGCCAGAUGGAAGCCAGACCUCCAAAGGGCCCAGGCAAACAAUUUACAUUUGAUUAUGAAAAUGAAGUCCAUAAACGAGAUUACUUCAUUAAGUCACCACCCCCUCAGCUCUUCUUCUCAGCAACCUCCUGGAAAAAGCGUCUUUUUAUUCUGUCCCAGAGUCAGGGGAAGGGUCUUAGUCUUUCAUAUUACAAAGACCAUCACCGUCGAGGUUCCAUCGAAAUCGAUGGCAGCGCCACUGUAGAGGUCGGUAUAAAUAGCCAGGAAAAGAUGCAAUCUGUGCAGAAGAUGUUCAAAUGCCACCCGGAUGAGGUGAUGUGCAUCAGAACCGUAACCAGGGACUACUUCCUUAUUGGCCGAGACAGGGAGAAGAUUAAAGACUGGGUCUCCUUCAUGACACCAUACUGCCGGGGUGUAAAAGCAACCCAUCAGAGAGCAGAGCAGGAGAAGCCUUCCCUGGGUGACAGAAGGCCAGUUUCUGACCCCAGUCCUUUCUUGGGUCUCUGCAACAUACCAGAGGGUAUCAGCCUUGCAUCACCGAGGGCCAGUCUUCCAGAGCAUUUAAUACAAAAAAGUCUCCAAAGAUUCAGGCAAGAUCAUUACCAUCAUGAACAUGAUUUCUACUCAGAACCAACUCAAGAUGCAGAAGAGGAGGAAUACUACCUCACUCCUCGAAGCGUCUGCUUAGAAUUAGAGAAUAUUGAUGGAGCCAAUGAUUCUGGUGACUCCGCUGAAUCCAAUAGCCCAGACCAAGGUUUCAAGAGAGCUGAGAGCAAUUACGUGUCAAUGAGAUCAAUGAGAUCCUGUCUAGUUAAAGAAGCAACCUCUGCACCAGCCGACUGCCAAGCCGAAUUCCAGAUUUCUCCCGAGACGUCAGAGCUGGGGCCUCCACAUCAAGAACAAGACACAGGAAGCGAUCCUUGUCUUCUGCCUGCUGAUUCAGAAGCACAAACCACAGAUGACCAACAGGGGUCCGCCUCACUAACUGUUGUGAAAUUGUCUAUACUGCUCAACAACAUCACGGAUGAGAGCCAGGUGGAGACUCUGAAUGUGUUCCUCUCUCCUCGGGAUGUCAUCAACUAUCUCGCUCUGGUGGAAGCAGCAGGACGGAUAUGUGUGGCUCGCUGGGAAGGCCCUCCCCGACUAGGGUGCUUAUUCCACCAUGGAGAUCACAUCUUGGCUGUGAAUGACCUGAAGCCCCAAAGCCUGGAGGAGGUGUCCCUGUUUCUUACCCGAUGUAUCCAGAAAGAGAAAGUGAAACUCUCCAUUGGCCGGAUCCCAAAUUCAGAGAAGCUCCAUGCUUUCCCCUGUGCGUGCUCCUUAAGACACCAGUUUGCUGAGUCUGCCCAGCAGGAUCUGCCAGGCCGGGAGAGGACACCAAAGAGGAGUCCUGCCAUCAAAAAGAACCAGAAGGAAGCUAUUGGAGAGUAGGCUGCCACAGGCCCGGGACACGAAGGUUGGAGCCCUGGGGCAUGCACGGCCCUGUGAUUGGAGACAAGACAGCAUCCUUCUCUGAGCCACUGUGCUGACUUAACGGUGGGGUCACUGGCCCUCUUAGGCUUUUUCGUUGGGAAAGUCACAUGGGACUAAGGAAUAGAGUUAGAACAGGAGGGCUUAUUAUCUGAGACUCUGCCCCAGAUGUGGCAGACACCGUAUCAGUAAAUCCCUGGUGUAAUUAAUAGCUGUGUGCUUCUGAGGUCACAGUCCACACCACUGCCUCUACGUCAGUCAGCCAUAUCAUUUCAGGGAUGCAAGAGAGUGAAAGUCUGUAUCAGUCCUCCAGGACGCUUCCCAUCAGGCAAGCUGAGUGGCCUCUCUGUCUCACUCAGUACACCUGCUCUCUUAAAGAUACACUAACUGGGGGCUGGGGAUUUAGCUCAGUGGUAGAGCGCUUACCUAGGAAGCGCAAGGCCCUGGGUUCGGUCCCCAGCUCCAAAAAAAAAAAAGCGUUAAAAAAGAUACACUACACUAACUGUUUGGGAAGCUUGGCGCUGUAUCCAGCCAAGAUGCGCUUGCUCUAAAAAUAAAUGGGAAACUAUGUUUGGGCACUCUUAAUUGAUUGGUUUAUUGCCAAAUCAAUUCUGCAAAGCCGAAAGAAUCAAAGGCCUUUUAGCAAUCAGGGAAAAGGAGCAGCGAUCAGCCUAACGCUAAUCAGCCUGGGGACUGUGGGUGCGAAGGGGGAUUUAGAAACUGCAUCUUAGCAGGCUGUCCUCUCGGGGAAGAAAUGGAGGCUUUGAAGGACCGUGAUGCUCAGUCGUCCUGACUCAGUGUUCUGGAGCGGUUCCGGGUCAGAACCACAAAUCCGAUACCAGCUUUAGAAAGAAAACUCUCUGACCUUCGCCUUGUGUGUGGGUUUAGGUUAGUAAAGACCUUCGGCAAGCAGAGGAGACAUUGAAUGCACUUCAGUUCCUGUUACCUAGAUUACUGCCAGUGUAAAACGUGUAUGUCUACAUAAAACAGGGAAAAGAAAUACAUGUGCAUGUAUGACUGUUUACAAUCCCAUAAAUAAGAAGUCAAGCCACUUUGUCGAGGAAAUGAAUAAGCAUCGAGGUGAAACUGCUCAAAACCAGCUGUGGGGAUGGAUUCAUGGGCUCUGAAAUCCAAAUAUCCCCUGGUCUCCACAUGCCCUCAAGGGGGCAAGGAGGAAUCUGAGGAUCUAGGAGUUGACCAUCCACCCAGCUCGCAUAAACAUGACUGCUGGUCCUUCCCAGCAAGCUGUCAGCCUGCCACCCUCCCCCAACCCUGGAACUUCCCUCCUGCCACAGAAUGGGGGGGGGGGGGCAUGUUUUGUUGUGAGGACCAUGCUCUGGGUGCUUCUCCUAUUCAAAAUGUUUGCUCUCAAAACGAAAUCGCUGGGCAGACUCCAAACCCCAAAUCCCAAUAUGGCAGCUCUUGUGUAGGAGUCUGGAAUCUGCGUCCUCGUUCUGUGGCAUCAAUGCACUCCUGAGGGAUUUGACCAAGGAACAGAGUUCCUUGAUGAAUCAUCCCAGGGGCUCUGUGGAGAGGCCAGUGUGGAACUUGCACUCCUCGAGGAAGAUCUGGUCUUCAACUGUGCUGAAGGAGGCAAAAGGUCAUUGAUCCACCCACCUCCAGCAGGGAGCUCCACCCACCCCCCACAGGGAGCCCCACCCACCUCCAGCAGGGAGCCCCACCCACCUCCAGCAGGGAGCUGGUCCUGAGGAAAGCUGCUCCUCUUUUCCCCUUGUUUCCUCCUCUGUGGAGCACAACACAAUCACAAUGGAGGAAGAAACCUUCCUGGCUGGGCUUAGGUAUGUGCUGCUGGCAGCUGAGGUGGACAGGAGAAGCCACCGCUUCACUGUUCUCUGUGCUGUUCCUCAGAGUCUGCCCUCACUUCCUCUGUGCCUCCCCUUUCUUAGAGCUGGAAGCAGCUACAAUGUCAGUUCUUUCUCCUAAGAACAGCAGUAACCACGGGAAAACUCCAGACGUAGGAAUGGAGAUGAGAGCACAGCCCAGGAACCUGCUGAAAGACAGUGAUACUCAGAGCAGUCCCGGCAAAGGUUGUGUCUCGUGCUAUACAGUUUCACCAGAGUGAACCGCAACAUUCCCAUACUCUGUUACCCAUGGACACAAGCAAAGUGAAAACCCCAUCUGAAACCGUUUUCACUGAUGUCCAUAUUGACCCCAUUCCAGGUGGAUGACCGUGGCUGGUGCUAGAGUUCAGUUGUCUCUAGGAAAAAUAGCCCUCUCUUGGAUCUACUUAAACAGUAAGGAGAAAAUAAGGAUAACUUGGAGAACUGCUUGGCUGUCUCAUCUUUAACCUUUUCCUAGUUAGCCUCAACUGUUGACUUGACAUAGGUUAGAGUCACAUGAGAACAGAGUCUCGAGGGAAUAGAUUGGUUUGUGGGUACGUCCUUAGGGAUCGUCUUAAUUGUUCAUUGGUGUGGGAGUCCCUGUCCACUGUGGGCAGCACCAUUCCCUAGGCAGGUGAUCCUGGACUCUGUAAGAAAAGUGUGAGCUUGUGAGUGAGCCAGCAAGCAGCAGAUCCUCCAUGGUUUCUGCUUUAACUUUCUGCCCAGACUUUCCCCAAUGACAGACUGUGUCGUGCCAGAAUAAACCAUUUGCUCCCCUAAAUUGCUGUUGGUUGAAGUGUUUUAUCAGAAACAGAAAGGAAACUAGGAGAAGCCUGAGUUUGACAUGGCUCUUUAGUCUGGCUGAGGAAGAUGCCAGAGCUCAGACACAUGGAAAGACUUACUGUAAUAUACCUCCACCCACCAUGCUCCAUGCUGGACCCCCAGCUCCUCAACCCAUACCUUUCCCACUUCACAGCUCUCAGUGGGACGUUGGAGUACCACCUCUCCACGUCCUGUGGGGUGUCUUGGAUCUCUAGAACACACCUCAAGGGUAUCUGGAGGUUUCCAUUUGGUUCUCCCUGCUGAGGAUGCCAACCAUUUGAAAUGAAUUCCAAAGAACAUCUGGUGAGAGAGAGAAUGAGUGCAGGGCCAGGUACAUGCAAUCACACUCAAACUGUUGACAUGUCUGCAUUCUUUUCUGUGUGGAGAGCAGGUUACCACCCAGUUAUAUGUUUGUGUGUACUAUAUGUGCACAUGUACGGCAGGGAGUGAAGACAUGGGGGAGCCAUGGCGACUCUGCCACCCCCCCACCCCCCUUUUCUCUUCAGGGCUGUGCCAAGCAUCGAUCCUUUGGGAUGAUGAGGAUAUAAAGCAGUAGACAGGCCUCAGGGCUUUCAGACUUGGCUGGAUCAAAUCGGGCUUCUUUGCUGACUUUGUGGCUGAGCAACACCGGUGUUUUAAUGGGAAAACUCUUUAAAAAAAUGUCUGAGUUAAUGAAAUCUUCGUCUAAUAAUCAUAGGACCAUGGGGCCCUUCUCUGAAGCACUCUGACUAGAUGGUUCUGGAAAAACUUACACUCCCAAUGCUUGACCUUGGAACUGAUCUGCAUGAUAUGGUAGCCGCCAGCCACAUGAGCUGUUUGGCUUUAAGUUAGUUAAAAUCAAAUAAAUGUAAAUUUCCGGUUCCAGCACGUUGGUCCUACUUGGAGUAUUUGAUAACUUCUGUGGGAACUGGCUACAGAGUUGACCAACAUAGAGACAGACAUUUUCCCUCAUCAUAGAAGUUUCUGUCAGACAGACUUUUCCUAUCUUAUGUCCCAAGAGGAGAACGAUUACAUCCUAUUCAUCACCAUAUUCCCAGCCCAUAGAUACAGUGCACUGUUUACAGAAAAUGCUCAAUCAAACACCCACUAAAGGAGAGAAAUCACGACAACCUGUGUUAAGUGAUCGUUCAUAAACAUUGUUCAAUUUUGAGAAUGUUUUCAAAUAAAUCUUCACAUCCGUAA